AUAAAAAUAAUGGAUUUUCUUAAUCACAAAUAAUGAAUUUUCCAAGUUUAAUCACAAAUCCACAGAUCAGUGGGUAUAUUUAGUAUUGUAGUAUAAAUAGGACCUCUAUGGUUGCCCGAAUGCACAUAUGACAUAACAAACAACAAUAUUCUACGUAGUACUUCAUAGAAUUAUCCAAGAUGAUGAUGAAAAAAAUGGGGGCUUGGAUGUUGCUAGCAUUAUUGACUUUGGUUGGCGACUGGUGUGGUCGUUGUUAUGGGUGCUUGGAGGAUGAGAGAAUUGCUCUCUUAGAGGUCAAAGCUUUGACCAAUCCAAACAGCAUUUACAUGGGAGAUUGGGUGGAGUACAGUAGUAAUUGUUGUGAGUGGUCUGGGAUCGAGUGUGAUAACACUACAAGGCGAGUGGUCUGGCUCUCUCUUAGGCGUGCAAGGGAUCUGAGUUUGGGGGAUUGGGUUCUCAACGCAUCUUUGUUUCUGCCUUUUAAAGAACUGCAAAGUCUUUAUUUGGGUUAUAAUGGACUAGUUGGUUGCUCUGAGAAUCAAGGCUUCGAAGUCCUAUCAUCAAAACUGAGGAAACUGGAGGUACUUGACCUAAUUCUGAACAAAUUUAAUGAUAAAAGCAUUUUAUCAUGCUUCAAUGGGCUUUCAUCUCUCAAGUCUUUGUAUCUGUCAGCCAAUGAGGAGAUCACAGGAUCAGUCGAUGGUAACCGUUUAAUUAUUUAG